CGAGCCCGGCGGUCGUCAUACCUCUGGCAGCCAGCACGCGUUACCAACACUGGCGACUCGCAGCUGCCGACCCGCCAGCCAAGUCAGUACAUACACAACCUCCAACGAGAGAGGUCACACGCAAGCACAGUGCAAUCCUCUUGAGUGCAAUCGAAAACCCAAUUCCUGGAUUACUCUACAGUGUUAUAGUUUAUUCCUUCUUGUUGUUGUGUGUGGGAUUUCUAGUCAACUACAGGGAUUCUAUUAUAUUUUUCUCCGCGAUAUAUCAUGUGUAAAAGUGCGUGAGUGGACGACGAUGCUGAGCGAAGGCCGCCGGGAGGGGCUUCGGCUGGCGCUGAACCGGUCCCUCAGCGAGCCCGGGGAGGCCGGCGCCGCCGCCGCCGCCCGCUGCCCAGUCUCGUUGCCGCAGCUGAUGGCUCCGCAGGUGCUCAGCAUGCCCGCCUCCCCCUGCGGCGAGAGCGCCACCAUCCAGCGCUCCAUCCUCCUGCGGCGCGCGCGCGCGCUGGAGCCCUCCGAGGUGGCCCGCCGCCUCACCAGGACCAAGCCGCGCAACUUCCUCCUGCUCGACCUCAGGACCUUCAUCAACUUCAACCUGCGCCACGUCCGCAGCGCCAUCAACCUCAACUGCUCCGACCGCUUCAACCGCAAGCGGCUGCAGCUGCGGCGCGCGUCCGUCGUGGACCUGGCGUCGCCCGCCAGCCGCGACGUGCUCAAGAAGCGGUGCUACAAGGAGAUCAUCGUCUACGACGACUCCAGCGCCGACCUGGAGGCGCUGCCGCCGCACCACCCCGUCUACCUCGUCCUCACGGCGCUGCUCGAGGACAACAGAGAGCCGCUGCUCCUCAAGG